AUGAUAAGACUGAUGGUCCAGUUUACCCUCUAUUUAGUGGAUGUUAAUCCAGCAUUUAUUUAUGGAAAAGAUCAAGCACUGGAGGGAGAAGAUGUGAAAUUCAAGUGCACACUUUUUGAUAUGCAAAAAAACAAGGCCUAUUCAACCAUGUAUCUGUGCAAAAAUGGAAUCGGGAUCCAAAUCGAAGAAUUCCAUGUUAAUAGAGAAGAAGUCGUCUUCAAACUCCCUCAUGUUAAUGUGUCAGACACCGGCCAUUACAGCUGUGUGUACUCAACGACCAAACACAAACCCGAACUUGUUCGUUCAACAGACAAGAACGUCACCUAUAUCACUUUAGUUGUUAUAUCUAAGCCUAGACCCACAUCAAUGUUGGAGGAAGCUAGACCCACACCAAUGUUGGAGGAAGCUUUGCAGGCAGACAACUCUAUGCUCUUUCUGUUACUUCUUUUUCUACCACUAGGGACUUUGAUAGUGAUGAUUUGGCACUACUGGUACCGUCUGAAGAUAUGGUUUUGUCGAAGGUACAGAAAGCAGACCAGAGUUGUUCAAUUCAAUCGUGCCUCCCGUAUAACCAGCCCAUCCAUAUCAGCGAGAACUCCACCUCCAAAUUCUCCAAUAAGCAAUUAUGAAGAAGAAUGCUACAACCGAAUUAUAUAUGAUAAUGCCAGAGAAGAGCAGGCGCCUGAAGAGUCCACUAAUGCAAAUGAGGAAUCUGAUGGACUGAGCCAUACUCCAACCAGUCAACAUGUUUCCCCAGGAAAAGCAACACAAACUGUGGUGUCCCUACCUCAACACAUCAGUUUCCAACGCAUCCUUUUUGAGAGUGUAGACUGCACGAAAGGCUCUCAGGCCAGCUAA